UGUGUGUUGGGGGUGGAAUGGCAAUGCGAUAGGUGCACGUGACCCAUGCCAAAAACUCUGCUAAGGUUUCACUGUGAGAAUCUUAGAUAUGGAAAGAGGUACGUAACUUGAAAAACCUCGGACAUUCAAUUGUAGGGAACUGGAAAUUUUGCCAUUUCUAAAAAUUGUCCUACCAUUUAUACUCAAUAUUCAAAUUUCCCGAUUUUUCUUGUUCUUCAACUCGGGUUUGUAAAAACAGUCCUGUUAUCAAAACUCCCAGCUCAACUCCGGUCGGAAGGGAAGGGACUUAAGUAAACCCGACGAAAGGGGCAAGUUUCAUUUCUCGCUUUUACGAGAAAAAGGGAAAAGGAGAAGAUGCGUACAGACCCGAACAUCAUCAUCACGGGCACGCCGGGGGUGGGCAAGACGACACACGCCGAAAUGCUAGCCGAGAGGACGGGGCUGAGGCACGUGUCGGUCAACCAGGUCGUCAAGGACAGGGAUUGCCACGAGGGCUGGGACGAGGAGUACAUGAGUUGGAUCGUGGACGAGGAUAAGCUACUCGAUGCGCUCGAGGAGGAUAAUGUUAAAGCUGGUGGCUGCGUCAUAGACUGGCACGGCUGCGAGAUCUUCCCCGAGAGCUGGAUUGACUUAGUGGUCGUGUUGCGGGUGGAUUCUAGUACGCUUUACGAUCGGUUGUCCGCAAGGAAAUACCCCGAAGCAAAGCUACAGGAGAACCUAGACUCAGAGAUCAUGGAGGUGCUGUUACAAGAAGCGCGGGACUCGUAUGAGCCGGAGAUUGUGGUCGAGCUGACGAGCAACACGACGGAUGAGAUGGAGAGCAACGUUGACCGCAUCGAGGAGUGGAUUAAGCAAUGGAAGAAAGACCAUGCGGAAGGAGACGUGCAAUAGGGUGAGGUUAAGUAAGGAAAAGUCUUUCAACCCCUUUCCUUUCCAGGGUCGAGAAUAGGAGGGAAGAAAAGGAUGGGAAAGGUGCAUUGGAACGGGACACAUUUUAGAUAGUAAAUGCGACUGAGAUACCCAUGA